AUGAUAGAAUUUGAUAAUAUUGAAAAUAAUAAUAUUAUUAUUAAUGAUGGUAAUUUUCAAGAACAAACCAUGAUGAUGGAAGUUGAUGAAAGUAGUAAUAACACCACAAAAAUUGUACAAAAUAUUAAUAAUAAUAAUAAUAAUAAUAACAAUAAUAAUAAUAAUUCAACUAAUAAUAAUAAUAAUAAUAAUAAUAAUAAUAAUGAAUGUAAUAAUAAUAAUAAUUUUUUAAAUAAUAAUAAUAAUUAUAAUAAUAAUGGAGUUAAAAGUGAAAUAUUUCAAGAUUUAUUAUUAAAAUUAGAUAAAGCAUCAAAAGAAUUUGGAGAUACAUGUAAAUCAUAUCCAAAGAUUGAACUUGAGAAUAAGAUAUUCAAUAAUGGAUUUAAACCCAAUUCAAAGUAUGACAAGGUUAAUUGUAAAGUUGUAAAAGAGAUAAAUCCAUUUUCAAUCGAUGAAGAGAUUGAAAUGUUACAGUGUAGUUAUGCAUUUAAAAAGUAUAUAAAAUUGAAAUUGAAUGUACUACUUCACUGUUCAAAGAGUCAAAGUGAAGAUUUUGAACAAACAUUUGAAAGAAUCUUUGAAGUGUUCACCAAUUGGAACAGCAACCAACCACCACCACCACAACAACAACAGCAAUUACAAGAUGAACAAACCAUUGCGCAAACCCUAAUAAGUGACACACAAUCAUCGUCAUCCUCCAUCUCUGCAAUGUCACAGUCAUCAUCCACUUCAACCACCACAACAUCCUCCUCAAUAGCAUAUAUUCACGACCAAACUACAAACUCGAUAGCAGAGGAUAUAGUGAAAAAAAGAAAGAAAAGAAAAGUUCAAAUAUUAAUAGAGAGAAUGAUUUUCGUUAGAAGGAAUGGCAUCUAUUUCCUAAUGUUUGGAACUUAUAAGAGAACUAAAAAUUUAACUUUGAUUGGUUUAUUACCAUUCAUUCGUCGUCCAGCAUCUGUACUUUUAAAAAAUAUUACAAAUUAUCUUUAUCAUGGUAGAAAUUUAAUUAAUCAAGAAUUUGAAAUUUUAACAAACUUAUUUCAAAUUAAAAAUGUUAAUAUUAUUAAUACACCUGAUAUUAGUGGUAAUAAUUAA